CAUCCUCAGUCUACAUCUGAUAUUCUUCUUGUCGGUGGCAAAUGAACUCAUCCGGAUUGAUUAAAUUAUUGCCAUUAGCACCCAGACCCCACGGCUUGGCAGCAGGAGCUAAUCUAACCCUGGUCAUUUUGUUGAAUGGAAGUGUGUCUCCGAUCUUAUCAGUGCUCCAACUUCAGUGCCUGUGUGAAACAGGUCUCCAGCGGCGUAGCGGUCCGCGACACCGGUCAUGGAGAGGAGUGUUGAUUCUCCGAGACUGGGAGAGAAGCUAUUCUUGAAAUCCCCGUCCCAGAAUGGCUAUAUAAGGAGCCGUCCGCUCGACUCGGGAUAAUAAAAAAUCAUCUCUGCAAGACAGACAACACAGAACAACUCAGACACUCUUUCAGACUUCCAUUCGAAAUGCAUCAACGAUCGCUCCUUAUCACCGCUCUCCUCGCUAGCGUUCGCGCCCAACAGGCGGGAACGCUGCAGGAGGAAACUCACCCUCCCAUGACUUGGCAGGAGUGUGCUGAAGGCGGCGAGUGCACUGAAAAGAGCGCUUCCGUGGUCAUCGAUUCCAACUGGCGCUGGCUGCACUCUCUCGAAGGCUCUGACAACUGCUACACGGGAAAUACUUGGGACGAGGAGCUCUGCCCGGAUAACAAGGCCUGCGCCUCGGGCUGUGCCUUGGAGGGGGCGGACUACGCCGAGACCUAUGGUAUCACUGCCGAAGCGGACUCCCUGAAGCUCCAGUUCGUCAAGGGUGAAAACGUUGGCUCGCGUACCUAUUUGAUGUCGGAAGACGACGAGACGUACCAGAUCUUCAACCUCAAGAACAAGGAGUUCACUUUCGACGUCGAUGUCUCGGAACUUCCCUGCGGUCUGAACGGAGCCCUGUACUUCGUUUCGAUGGACGCCGAUGGUGGACUGGAAAAGUACGAGGGCAACAAGGCCGGUGCCAAGUACGGAACCGGCUACUGUGACUCCCAGUGCCCGCGUGAUCUGAAGUUCAUCAACGGCGAGGCCAACGUGGAAGGCUGGGAGCCCUCUGAGGGUGACAAGAAUGCUGGUGUCGGUGGCCACGGCUCCUGCUGCCCCGAGAUGGACAUCUGGGAGGCCAACAGCAUCUCCUCGGCCUAUACCCCCCACCCUUGCGACACUGUGGAGCAGACUAUGUGCGAGGGCGAUGACUGCGGCGGCACCUACUCCGAGACCCGCUAUGCCGGCACCUGCGACCCCGAUGGAUGCGACUUCAACGCCUUCCGCAUGGGCAAUGAAUCCUUCUAUGGCCCCGGCAAGACCAUUGACACCAAGUCCCCGAUGACUGUCGUGACCCAGUUCAUCACCGCCGACGGCACCGACAAGGGCAAGCUCUCCGAGAUCAAGCGCUUCUGGGUCCAGAACGACAAGGUUGUCGCCAACGCUGAGUCCAACAUUGAGGGCGUCAAGGGUAACUCUGUCACCACCGAAUUCUGCUCCGCCCAGAAGACCGCCUUCGGCGACGAUGACAUCUUCACCCAGCACGGUGGCCUCGAGGGCAUGGGUGACGCUCUGGAGUCCAUGGUCCUGAUCAUGAGCAUCUGGGAUGACCACUACGCCAGCAUGAUGUGGCUCGACAGCACCUACCCCGAGGAUGCCGCGGCUGACAAGCUCGGUGCUCCCCGUGGCACCUGCGAGCCCCACGCUGGUGACCCCGAGAAGGUCGAGAGCGCCUCCGGCGAUGCCUCGGUGACUUUCUCCAACAUCAAGUUCGGGCCCAUCGGCUCGACCUUCAAGGCUCCCGCCUAA